UCCUUUUUCCCUCUUAUUUAAGGAGCAAAAGCGAUCCGAACAAAGUUUAAACUCAAUGAAAACAAUAAAACUAUCUAAAAAGAAGAUUUGCAAGUCUGAGCUCAAACAAUCAGGCCCCAUAAGGCUGAAAGGCUCAAGGGGCACAUGGGCCAUGGCCUUAUGGGCUACUUUGAUUGUAUCUGUUCCUGUUUGUACUUCCAAUGCAUUUAAAAUCAUAUUAAUAUGAAUUUAUGCCUCCUCCAACAACAAAGUUGGGAUUAAAUAUAAAAUUUCACACACUAAAAAAUCACAUAAAAAAUUCUCAAUCAAAGUCCAUGACCUCAGAUAAAAGCUCACAGUUCAAAAGAAAUACAUAUAUACGUGUGAAUGUGUGUGCAUACUUUGAUAUAUAAAGCAUGUAGAUGUAAGCAUGUUUGAGAGUACUAAAAAUUGUUUGCAUAUCAUUAACGAUGAUGACAUGUUAGCAUUCAGUUCUGUCAAGCUAAUAGAGAGUAGUUGAGAGUCAUGAAAGAAGAUGCAAAAACUAAAAAGAAUGCAUAAAAAAAAGCUUAGCAAGGCAGUUAGGGUAUCUUAGCUCAUGCAAUCUGUUCCUCCCAUCAUUACCAACUCAUAUAUAAUUUUUCUUUUCUCCCUCUUCCCUUAAUCCAUCUUACUUACUUUUAAGAAACUGAAAGGAGAGAGAAAUCCUCUCCCUCUCUCUCUCUCAUGCAUGGACUGCAGUUCACCUACCGAAAUUUCAACUAACAACCAAUUAUAUAAAAAGAAAACAAUUGUAGAACAAAAAGUACUACUUCAGCUGAUUGUUUGUAUUCUCUCCCUGUUUCUCAAAAAAUGCCAAUAAAAGGGUGGAAAUUUGGUGGGUUCUUAGUCUGAUGUGUGAUGGCUUAUCAAUAUUCAAACUGAGGUGGGUUUUUGUCUGAUAAGCUUUGGGGUAUGAUGCCAUUGCCAUGGUCCAGCAGUUAACAAUUGCUAUCAAUUGAAGUGUUUAUGAAAUCUUUAUCUUUGUUUUCUCUGCCUUCGGUUUCUUUGUUUUUUUCCUUCCAUCAUCCUUAAAGGUUCUGGGGGCAAUUCAGAGGGGAUUCUUACUGUCGUCUUCCAGGUCCUUAGCAAUCUCUGUGUGCCUGUGAAUGUACUUGAGGAAACUGUUUCAUUCAAUACUGUACACUAGAUAAAAAAUUUAUACUUUCUUGUACAUAAUCUUUUUGGGUAUGAUUCUCUGACAAAAUCUAUCUAUUGUUGAGAUAUUUUUGUCAUGUUCCAAUACUACUUCCAAUUAUCCUCUGGCUUCAAUCAAUCAAUGCAGGUGGCAUUAAUCAUCUUUGUCAUUAUUCAAAACCUUAUGGAGAGGUUGAGACCCCUCGUGGGUUGUAAAGGCUGGGAUUAUUGUGUUCUCUGGAAAUUGAGCCAAGAUCAGAGGUGCAUUGAAUGGAUGGACUGCUGUUGUGCUGGAACUGAGAACAAUCAAAAUGGUGGAGAAGAACUUGUAUUUCCUGUUUCUCAAGUUAUUCCAUGUAGGGACACCGUAUGUCCACACCCAAGAGCCAAUUCUUGCGAUCUUCUUGCUCAGCUGCCAUAUUCAGUGCCUCUAAAUUCUGGGAUUUAUAUACAGGCAUUGUUAUCAAACGAACCCAAGUGGCUACUCUUCUCCAAUGGCACGGAUUCAAAAGCGCUGGAAGAAACAGUGGGGACCAGGGUAUUAAUUCCAUUUCCAUUUGGACUAGUCGAGCUAUUCGUUGCUAGACAUGCAACUGAAGAUCAGCAUGUCAUAGAUUUUGUUACAACUCAAUGCAGCAUUUCGAUUGAGCAAGAAGCCAUUAUGAAUUCAAGCAACAUGGAUACGAGUUUCUCUGUUAAUGUAAACGCGACAAAUGAAAUCCAAUCAAAGCCAUUUCUAGCAGAUCAGAAUGUUGUUCUAAAAGAUCCUGAUAAUCAAUUUGAGGCACCAGGUUCAGCCGAACCAACAUUAGAAAAUGCAAAUGUUGGCUAUGACAUCUCAUUAGAUAGAAUCCGCCUCUGCAGUUCUCCUAUGAACUUCUUGCAACAGUUCAAUUACAGCUCAGAAAACAGAAACAAGAAUGAAAUCUUCCAUGAAUGUUCACAGGAUUCAUUCCUUACUGAUAAGCAGGGAAACCCUUACAAGUUUUCAGCUGAAAAUGAGUUCCAAGAGGUGGAUAUGAUGCAGAGGUCAUUAAUGAACAACACAUCAAACAAUCAUAUGCAAUCCAAGGAGAACACUGAAUGUAAAGAAAAGCAAGGGGAAGAAAAGGACUUGGUCAAACAUGAAAAUGGAAGGUCCGAUUCAAUCUCUGAUUGCAGCGAUCAGAUUGAUGAUGAAGAUGAUGCACUUGCGAAGUACCGUCGCAGGACCGGACAGGGUCCUCAAUCAAAGAACCUCGUUGCUGAGAGGAAGAGAAGAAAGAAACUUAAUGAGAGACUGUAUAACCUACGAGCAUUGGUUCCCAAAAUUUCUAAGAUGGACAAAGCUUCAAUACUUGGUGAUGCAAUCGAUUUUGUGAAGGACUUGCAAAAGCAAGUAAAGGAACUCCAAGAUGAACUGGAAGAACAUUCAGAUGACGAAAAUGGUAAGACUGCAAUUACAGGCAACAAUGGAAACCAAAAUAGUGUCCACCUGCCUGAGUUGCUGAGCCAAAAUGAUAAAGCUCAAAACAGUUACCAUAUGGGAGUACUAGGAAGUGGAAGCCUCUUGAAGCAAAAUCAUCAGGACACUGAAGGUACUAACAAUGACAGGACACAACAAAUGGAGCCGCAAGUGGAAGUGGCUCAGAUUGACGGGAACGAGUUCUUUGUAAAGGUUUUCUGUGAGAACAAGCGAGGUGGGUUUAUGAGGUUAAUGGAGGCCUUGAAUGCUCUAGGCUUGGAAGUAACAAAUGCAAAUGUGACCAGCUACAGAGGCCUCGUAUCCAAUGUUUUUAAAGUUGGGAAAAAGGACAGUGAAAUGGUCCAAGCGGAUGAUGUAAGAGACUCCUUGCUGGAGAUAACGAAGUACCCAUGUAGAGGAUGGUCUGAAAUGGCCAAGGCACCAGAUUGCAUGGGAAGUCGCAUGGACUACCAGACCCACCCCCACCCCUCCCAGAACCAGCACCAGAUCCAGCAUCCAUUUCAAGAAAAAGCCAUCAAUUCACGCCUCCACCUUCUCGAUGAUUAAUUCCCAGUUCUUUUUCACUCUUUAUACUUAAGAAAAAGCAUCAGAUAUCUAGGGACUAUAUUUAUUUGUUUCCUCUCGUACUUUGUAGUGCAUCCACCAAAUAUAUAGGGACUAUAUUUAUUUGUUCUGUUGUACUUUGUAGUACAUCCACCAUAAAAAAUGAUAAGUACGCAAGCUCCAUAAUCA